UUCUUUUGAAGAUUUGUCUGAGCUGGUUGUUUCCGUGGACUCUACUGGACUAUUCUUCAGAACUUUUUAAACCACAAGAAUCAAAAAACAUCCAUCAGAGUUGAGACAGAUAUUAUUCGACAAAUCCUCACCUCUUAGGUUCUGCAGGUUCAACUCUGUUACGAUGCCGCUGAUCAUGCCGGACACCAAAGACUUAACCAGUCCCCUUUUUUUGGUACGGACAUGGGAAGUCUUAUCCAGCUGUGCCACCUUCAGUCUCGUGUCCUCGCUGGAAUAUAAUGAAUUAAACAAAAAUACAUCUCAAGGCAAAGAAUUCAUUCCAUUCAACACCUUCUGCAUGUUUACCUGGUGCUUUUUCUUCAUCCUCACUCUCCUCAUUCACAUCGUCAGCGCCCUCCAGUUUCACAGACUCAUCCCAGUUUCCUGGAAGAACCUGAUUGUGACUGUGGCUGUGUUAGGCGCACUGAUGUCCCUCGGCGCCUGUAUUUUUUUAUCAAGUAUCAUUGUGGAUUACAAAAUGGUGUCACCCCUCUCUGUGGCAGCUGUGGUGUGUUCCUCUCUCACCUUCCUGGCCUACUUUUCAGAGUCCUACAUUCUUUGCACCCAAGCCAAAGAACAAAGAGGCUACAUGGGUAGCAUGCCUGGUAUCCUCAAGAUAUUCCAGCUGUGGGGAGGCUGUCAGAUGAGUCCCCUGGUUCAUUGGGUGUUAAGUAUGCCCCCUACUCUGGUACCACAGUUCCCGUGGGAGCUAUGGGUUACCAUCAUAACAUAUGCUGUGUGUACACUUACCUGUGCUGUCACAUUGAUUGUAAUAUUAGGUGAUUGUACUGGGCGAUGUCUCCUGCCUUUUGACAAAUGUAUGACUGGUUUCAGUUUGACUGGGGUGUUGCUCUACAUGGUUUCCACAGCAAUUUGCUUUACUGAGAUCCUGCAGCUGAGGGAACCUGGAAAAAGCAUUCCCAACAAAGGCAGCCAGCUGUUUAUAUUACAAACAUUUGUCACCAGUGUUACACUUUUAGCCUACACCUUGGACACUGCCUUCUCCAUUAAACUACUGUGUGAUAGGGGUCAUGCUUGAAUUUACUCAUCACAUUAAAUGUACUGGAUGUGAAGUAGAUUAUGUAAUUUUUUUUGUGAGGCAAUCAUGUGUUUGCAAGUAUAUAAAGUCAAAUUUGAAUCAAUGAUUUUGCUCUUAAACAUUGUUUGUAAAUUAUCUCUCAUAAAUUGAUUUCUGUACCUGAUCACCGUGAUCACAAUGUAUUGUGGUUUUACUGACGUGAAAGAACUGUAUGACAUUUAUAGAUGAGUUAACUUUGACUCACAAGGACGACAACCACUAAACAGAUGCACUGACUCAUAAGCACACUGCCUCAUUUAUGGCUGAAAUUAUGAGGUGUAUGAACUUAUGUGGUAGCUGAAC